AUGUCCAGGAAAACGGCACAGAUGUCAUCACUUUCUGAUUUCACUGAAAGUCAAUGGUUGAAUCUCAACCAAGGCACCAAAUUCAAGAUAAGACUUCCCAGAGGCGGGUUAAUGAAGGUAGUUAUUUGCCCACUGAAUUUGUAUUCUGACAACACUUCCGGAAACUCUUCAAAGCAAUACAACAAAUACAACAGCUAUCUCAUGUAUUUUGUCGCGAUGCCUCUUGAGAUGCUGCCCCCGAUUGUUGAUAAUUUUGUGGAAUUGGAGAAAGGAAUUGUGAUGUACUCCAAAGAUUAUGGUGAAGAUGUUCUGGUUGUUGCUCCUCUGUUAUUGUUCAUGGGUGAUAAUCCUUGGCAAUUGCAACUUGCUAUGCACAGUGAAACAUCAGGAAAGCAUUUCUGCAGGAAAUGCCAUUUAGAAACACCCCAAAGCACUCAAAAAGACAACACGUCAGAGAUACCUUAUCUUCCAGUCGACCAUAAUAGUGCUGAAAAAAGAACAAAGGAAUUCUUAAAUGCUUUUGUCACUGCCAAUACAGAUUCAGAAUUGUAUAAGCAUGGGUGUGACCUAAACUAUAGCAAGAACGGCAGCAAAGAAUUUCUUAGACUUGAAGCAUUUGAUGCAACAAAAGAUAUGCCCAUUGAAAUUCUUCACAUCAUCCUACUUGGCUUAUCACAGUAUCUGGUCAAUUACCUCCUUAAGUUCUCGAAAAUGUCAACAGCAGAAAUGGCAAGGCUUGAGUCAGCUCUGAGUUCUUACAGAGUCUGCAAGAAUUAUAGCAGAAAAUUCAGAAACCAGCUUCAUCAUAAUGGUUCUUUUGUUGGGUGUGACUAUAAACAGCUGAUGCAAGUUCUCUCAAACGUUAUGACAGUGCUUUUUUCUGGAAAUAGCAAAUUCGAACUUCUUACUAAGACUCUCUGUUAUCACAUUACUCUGAUUAAGGCUCAGAUAGGAUCGAUUACCUGA